AUGUUGGAUGAAAAUAAAACGGUAGGAUUGGUGCUAUUUUUUUUAGGAAUAGUAGCAGGAUUUAUAGGGGUGUUUUUAUUUUUCGAUAAAUUUUUUUUAUGCAUUUCUAAUUUAUUUUUUUUAUUGGGUUUAUAUUAUUUAUUGGGACUAACGAAAAUAAUAAAAUUUGUUGCAAACAGAAAAAAAAUUGCAGGAAGUGCUUGUUUCUUAUUAGGUUUUUUUUUAAUAAUUUUAGGAAGAACAUUUUUUGGCGUUUUAUUUCAAGGAUAUGGUUUAUAUAAAUUAUUUUUUUCCUUUUUACCAAAUAUUGUUAGUACCGUGAAAUAUUCGCCGCUUAGUUUCAUAUUAGAGAUACCAGGAAUUAAACAAAUAUCUGAAUAUCUUUUAGACAAUAAGCGAUUACCGAUUUGA